CCACACCCAAACCCAAACCCAAUCCAUCGUCCCUCACCUGUCCUAGUCUCCUUCGUCUUCUCCCCUUCUGUUCUCUCUUUAAACGGAAAGACCUCGCUUUAUUCUCUUCGACCUCACCAGUUCAGAAAUCUCUUUCAUCUCCGAUCCUCCCUUCCUGUCGCCGUCCGUUUCUUCUGCCUUCUGCUGAAUUGAGCUGCCUUCCGAUUUCCUUCUUUCCCUAUUCCUUCUGCCGGAGAAAAGGACCUUCCCAAUUGAGAAGUAACGACCGAGAAAAGAGGGAGGCGGGAGUCAAAGGGAAUCCACUGUGGUGCGUCAAGGCGAGGACUUUGAUUUACCCUACACGAUGGCGGCGACCUCCAAGCUACAAGCUCUCUGGAAUCACCCUGCUGGACCCAAAACAAUCCACUUUUGGGCUCCAACGUUCAAAUGGGGGAUCAGCAUUGCAAAUAUUGCCGACUUUGCUAAACCUCCUGAGAAACUUUCGUAUCCUCAGCAGAUAGCUGUAACAUGUACUGGAAUCAUAUGGUCUCGCUACAGCACAGUUAUCACUCCGAAAAACUGGAAUCUGUUUAGCGUAAAUGUGGCAAUGGCUGGAACAGGCAUAUAUCAGCUAUCGCGUAAAUUACGGCAUGAUUACUUUUCUGAAGCAGAGCCUUCCCUUGCUGAAGAGUAACGAUGAAACUUGGCCGUAUGUGGUUGUGCAGCCUCAGGCCAAUGAUGCCCUGUUAUUGGUUGUGUACCAAAGAUAUCAAAUUCUGUAAUUUAUUUUUCCAGUUUAAGAGUGGGUUGCAAAGUUUAAUAAGUUCUUUUUUUUGGGUGGUUUGAGAAUAUCAAUCUUCAUUUGUUGCAAUUUCUGUUUAACAAAUCUGUGUCCUCUGGUGGAAAUAAACCAUUAUGGUGAUAUUAUGGGUUGAGUUCAUAUAUAUCCUAAUGAACUGAUGGGGUUUCCUCCUUCGUAGCC